UCUUCUUGCCAUUAUCAGAAGAGUACCUAGGCUCAUUAUAUACUGGACACUCCAAUUUAUCUUCAUACUUCUCCCUAAAGAGUACACAAUCGUUUUUACAUGCAUGAAUCGUUUUUACUGGACACUCCAAUUUAUCUUCAUACUAGAUAAAGAUAUUGUCGUAAUUCUGUGCAAGCUAGAGUUGAACUUCCCACCUUCAUUUUUUAACAUUAUGACUCACUUGCCAAUUCACCUAGCAUACGAGGCAAUACUUGCUGGACCAGUACAAUAUCGUUGGAUGUUCCCAUUCGAGAGAAAAAUGCAUAAUUUAAAGGAUUAUUGUAGAAACAAAGCCCAUCCCGAAGGAUUAAUUGCUGAAGGUUAUUGCGACAGUGAAUGCCUCACAUUUUGUUCUAUGUACUUUCGCGACAUUAAGACAAAAUUUAACCAAGGAGACAGGAAUCAUGAUGUGAAUGAGAGAAGAAUGACACGAAUAUCUGUUUUCAACCAGAAUGUUAGGUUUUUAAAAGGAGCAGUUGAUGAUGUUCUUAGCCUAACUGAUUUUGCAACAAUUCGAUGGUAUGUGUUGAACAAUUGUGAUGAGGUACUCCCAAAUAUAAGGGAGCAUAAAGCAGAACUUGAGAGGCAGAAUAUUACAAACAUAGGAAAGGAACAACAACAAAGAUUUCAAAAGUGGUUUUUGGGAUGUGUUCAACAGAUGCAAGUUGAGGGUUCACUAUGCCAAAAAGUUAAUCAGACGACAGAUCAUAUCUGUCGUCUGAGGCGCUGCUGUCCGUUAUGCAAUCAGACGACAGAGAAACUCUGUCGUCUGAUUGCACUUAGAUGACAAACAUGUUUUUGGUCUUCUGUUGUCUGAUUGAUUCCUCACAUGUACAAGUAUGUGUUAUGAAUAUUUCAGACAACAGAAAUGUG